ACCUACUAAGUCUGUGAUUAUAAUUACUCUUUGCUUAAACUUACAUUUAUUUUAUUAUAUUUUAUCUUGACAAGAAAUUAAAAACAGUCCCGGAGAAAUAUUGUAUUAAUGGAAAUGGAAAUCAGACCAUGCUAGGAGAUAUUCAAUUGACCAAACGCUUAAUUGUUAUCGCUUUAGUGCUUGGCAUUAUUUAUGUUUUGAAAGAAUACGUAUUUGUUUAUCCAAUAUGAGUCAACAGAGAGUCGCAUAUUUCUACAACGCUGACGUUGGUAACUUCCACUAUGGACCUGGACAUCCUAUGAAACCGCACAGAUUAGCAGUGACUCAUAGUUUGGUUCUUAACUAUGGACUUCACAAGAAAAUGCAAAUUUACAAACCUUAUAGAGCUAGUGCUCAUGAUAUGUGCCGUUUUCAUAGUGAAGACUACAUAGAAUUUUUACAGAAUGUAACACCACAGAACAUACAGAGUUAUUCCAAAGAUCUUUUACAUUACAAUGUCGGCGAUGACUGUCCUGUUUUUGAAGGUCUCUUUGAUUUCUGCUCAAUGUAUACGGGUGCCUCCUUAGAGGGUGCGAUGAAGCUCAAUAACAAUGCUUGCGAUAUAGCCAUAAACUGGUCCGGUGGAUUACAUCAUGCUAAGAAGUUUGAACCUUCAGGUUUUUGUUACGUGAAUGAUAUCGUAAUAGCAAUAUUAGAACUCUUAAAGUACCAUCCUCGGGUUUUGUAUAUUGAUAUCGACGUCCAUCAUGGAGAUGGAGUUCAGGAAGCAUUCUACCUAACAGACAGAGUGAUGACAGUGAGUUUCCAUAAGUAUGGAAACUAUUUCUUUCCGGGAACUGGUGACAUGUAUGAGAUUGGUGCUGAGAGUGGCAGGUAUUACUCUGUCAAUGUGCCAUUGAAGGAGGGAAUCGAUGAUCAAAGCUAUGUUCAGGUUUUCAAGCCGGUCAUCUCCAAUGUUAUGGAAUUCUACCGGCCUACUGCGAUAGUGCUCCAAUGCGGGGCGGAUUCACUAGCGGGUGAUAGGCUCGGCUGUUUCUCACUGUCAACACGUGGCCAUGGUGAAUGUGUCAAAUUUGUGAAGAACCUUAACGUACCCACUCUAGUAGUUGGAGGAGGAGGAUACACUCUUCGGAAUGUAGCUCGGUGCUGGACAUAUGAAACAUCACUUUUAGUUGAUGAGAAUAUAUCUAAUGAGUUGCCUUACACUGAAUAUCUGGAGUUCUUCGCUCCCGAUUUCCAAUUACAUCCUGAUGUUAGCAACACAAACAACGCUAAUAGCAAGCAGUACUUGGAAGCGAUUACGAAGCAUGUGUAUGACAACCUGAAAAUGUGCCAGCAUUCUCCAGCUGUGCAGAUGACACAUGUGCCGGGUGAUUUCUUCCCUGAAGAGUACAGGAUUAAAGACGAGCCCGAUCCCGACGUGAAAAUGACGCAGGAGGAAGCGGACAAGAUUGUAGAACCCAAAAACGAGUUCUAUGAUGACGAGAAGGACAAUGAUAGGGACCAGCCAGUGGAGAAUAAGGAACCAUAGCAUACGACCACCGAGGCCGACCCUCUGGCUAUUUGACAAGAGACAAUAUAU